AAUUCUGAGGUGAUUUUAGCGUCCUCCUCUCAUGGAUGGCGAUCAGUUGAAAAACUAUUCACUGAAUUAGUAUUGAUGAGCAGCAGCUGCAGUGUGUGUGUAAGGUCUCACCACGUAGGGGUUGCUGCGAGUGAAGACCCAAAGGGAGAUGGAUCAGAUGAAUGGACUCCAAGUUCCAUCGAUCUCCCUUUCGCAAUUUUACAAUCUGAAUGACUAAACUAAAAAGAUAGAAGGAACCGAAGCCCCUUCGAUUUUCUAGUUUAAUUGUGCCAAGUAAUUAUUUGGUUUAAACGACGGCGGGAGGAUGACUAGUGGCCACACUGGUUCGUCGUUUCUAGUGUCGACGUCGAUGCACUCAAUUAUGCCAAAUCUAGUCACACUGCGUGCACAAACUUCGACUUUUAUGUUUUCUUACGUAUGACAUAAUCACAAACGAAAGUUCUUUUACUAGUGUGUCAAUGUUAUGUAAAUGUAAAACAAAAUGUUAGCAUCCUCGACAGAGCACUUAGUCAAUUUGAAAAAACCCAUGACAGAUGCUGUAAAAUCACCGUUAAUUUUCGAAAUAUUUUAUGAAUGUCAAACGACAAAAGCUAGAGCAGGAAGAAUGACUCUCGUUCAUUACCCCGUGGAUACGCCGGUAUUUAUGCCAGUAGGAACACAAGGUACUUUAAAAGGCUUACUUCCUCAACAAUUAGAACAAUUGAACUGCCAAAUUAUUCUUGCAAAUACUUAUCACCUUGGAACAAGACCAGGCCUUAAUGUUAUACAAAAGGCUGGUGGAUUACAUAAUUUCAUGAAUUGGAGAAGGGCUUUAUUAACUGAUUCUGGUGGUUUCCAAAUGGUGUCUUUAUUAGAACUUGCUAAAAUUACAGAAGAAGGUGUCAAAUUUAAAUCACCAUACAAUGAAUCUGAUUGCAUGCUGUCGCCUGAGCACUCUAUACAAAUACAAAAUGCAAUAGGUGCAGAUAUAAUUAUGCAACUUGAUGAUGUAGUUUCUAGUACGCUAACAGGACCAAGGGUAGAAGAAGCAAUGCAUAGGACAACGAGAUGGUUAGAUAGAUGUUUAUCGGCACAUGAAAGAUCAAGUGAGCAGAGUGUAUUUCCAAUUGUACAAGGAGGUCUUGAUCCUAAGCUUAGAACAGAAUGUGCUAAUAAAUUGAUUAAACGCAAAGUCAAUGGUUAUGCUGUAGGUGGAUUAAGUGGUGGAGAAAGUAAACAUGAUUUUUGGAAAAUGGUACAUAUUUCCACAGAUGUACUUCCAAAAGAUAAACCACGUUAUUUAAUGGGUGUUGGAUUUGCCAUUGAUAUAAUUAUUUGUUCUGCAUUGGGAAUAGAUAUGUUUGAUUGCGUAUUUCCCACAAGAACAGCGAGAUUUGGCUGCGCAUUAGUACGUACAGGUCAACUUAACUUAAAGCAGAUUCAAUAUCAUAAUGACAUGAGACCAAUAGAUGAAUCAUGUGAAUGUAAUACAUGUAAAAUAUAUACACGUGCUUAUCUUCAUCAUAUUGUAACGAUAGAGACAGUUGCAUGUCAUUUACUAUCCGUUCAUAAUAUUGCAUUUCAAAUGAAAUUAAUGCAAGAUAUUAGACGAAGUAUUAUGGAACAAAAUUUUCCGAAAUUUAUACAACAAUAUAUGUUAAAUUUAUAUCCAGAUAAAAAUUAUCCUUCAUGGAUAAUUAAUGUCUUAGAAACUGUUAAUGUUAAAUUAUUAUAAAA